AAAAAACAUUCUGAAUCGCCAAGUGGUUUUAUGAGGGUUUUUUUUUCUGCUGAUUUUUCACUCUCUCUCUCACUAUAUAUAUGUGUAUUCUAGAGAGAGAAAGUAAUGAAGAGAGAUGAGUGAGAGUCUGUUCCUCUCUCCAGCUUUUAUGGCGUGAGACACUACCAGUAAGCCUUUGUGUACACUACCAUCACCUAUACAUACAGUAUGUGUAUAAAAUCCUUCAUCUUUGCAUGCUUCACCAAACUCAUUCCCAAAGAUCAAAAUUUCCCAAAAACCAAAAUGAAAUAUGAUGAUCAUGAUUGUAUCAUCACCUAAUAAAACCCACAUCUACAAUCGGAUUCCUUGAUUGUUUCAAGCCAAACCCAGAUGAAAGAAGGGGUUAAUUUGUUAUGGGUUUUCCGUUUCCAGUGUUUCUUGAUCAUUUUCUUGAUGUGGGUGCUUUAAAUUUCUAGUUUUUAUAGCCUUUUUUUGUUGUUUUCAAGAUUUCUUGAUUUCCCUGUUUUUGUUGUUGUACACUUAGUGUUUAUUGAUGAUGGUUGAGAGAGUUGGGAUUAUUGAGAACAUGGAGGAUCAAGAACUUGAAAUGUUGUUGGGUGAGAUCCCUCAUGCAACAUCAUCACUUUCCCUUCACCAUCAUCCAUCAUACGCCAAUGGCCAUCAUCAUCAUCACCAUCAUCAUCAUGUUGUCAAUGGUAAUCCUCGCGGUAACCCCUCUUUUGUCGCUCCAACAAUGAAUAGGAUGAUGUAUGGUAUGUAUAAUGAUGAUGAUGAUUCAUCAUCUAGUUACAACCAGAAUACAUAUACCCCCCCUGCUACUGCCUUUCCAAGCAUGUUCUACAAUGCCCAUUCCCAUUCAUCAUCUGAUACAUCACCAUCACCUUCAUCAUCAUCAACUAUUCCUGCAUUACAUGAUCCCAUCCCCAAUCCCCACAUCAUCUCAAGAAAUCCUGAUGAAAAUUUAAUUGAUGAACUUGGUAGACUGUAUAUCAAUCAGGAUCGCAUCAAUUCCACUAAAUUUGGGGCUUCUGAUGACUAUCUUGCAAUUAACCCUCAUUUUCCAAGAACCCCCAUAACUCCUGAUACUGAAAUCCAUCCAGCAUUCUUCGGUUUUCAGCAAAAUUAUGGGGUAGUUCCCUCUACCCAAUCUUCAAAUUUCGACAGGAGUGUGACAAAUUAUUGUUAUCAAUGGGGAAUUCCAGCUCAAAUCGGGAAGACCGGUCCAAAAGCUAAGGGUAACACUAACCAUAGCGCCCAUCGGUUCCACCACAUGGCAGCCGGUGGUUCACCGAAUAUUAGAAUCACCCGUGGUGGGCCCGGUUUAUCAGCUAGUGACGAUAGUUUGAUCAUUCAAGGUGAAGAUUUAAGUCGUGUUAGAAGCAAAAGGUUUGAAAGCCCUUGUGAAAAUAGCCGAACUAAGGUUUAUUUAUCGUGUUCUUCUCAUUUGACCGAAGCUCAAAGACACAUUUUUAUGAUGGCUAAAGACCAACAUGGGUGUCGUCUUCUCCAAAAGAUUUUCGAUGAUGGAAACUCACAACAUGUGCAGAUUGUAUUUAAUGAGAUUAUCGGACAUGUAAUCGAGCUUAUGAUCAACCCUUUUGGGAAUUACCUUAUGCAGAAGCUUCUGGAAGUGUGCAAUGAAGAACAACGAAUGCAAAUUUUGAUGGCAAUCACUCGUGAACCAAGGGAACUUGUUCAAAUUUCAUUGAACACUCAUGGAACUCGAGUUGUACAGAAACUUAUCGAGACUCUCAAGACAAGGCAACAAAUCAAGCUUGUGGUUUCUGCUCUUGAACCAGGGUUUCUUGCUCUUAUAAAGGAUCUUAAUGGUAAUCAUGUCAUUCAGCGUUGCUUACAGUGCCUCAGUAAUGAAGAUAAUAAGUUCAUCUUUGAAGCUGCUGCAAAGCAUUGUGUUGAAAUUGCCACACAUCAACACGGUUGUUGUGUGUUGCAAAGAUGCAUAAAUCACUCAAUAGGUGAGCAUCGCGAAAACUUAGUCUCAGAAAUUUCAGCAAAUGGACUUCUUCUAGCACAAGAUGCAUUUGGAAACUAUGUUGUACAGUAUAUUCUGGAAUUGCAGAUUCCUUCAGCUGUGUCAAAGCUUAUCUCACAGUUUGAGGGUAACUAUGUGCAUCUUGCAACACAAAAAUUCAGCAGCCAUGUGGUGGAGAAAUGUUUAGCAGUGUUAGAUGGUCAAAUCAGGUCAACCAUCAUCCGUGAGUUGAUCUCAGCCACUCAUUUUGAACAAGUGCUUCAAGAUCCACAUGCCAACUAUGUUGUUCAAACCGCUCUUCGUGUUUCUGAGGGUCAGCUUCAUAAUGCAUUGGUGAAUGCGAUUGAAUCCCACAAAGCGAUCUCAAGGAACAGCCCGUAUUCGAAGAGGAUUUUCUCCCACAAGCUUUUGAGGAGGUGAAAGAAUGAAUGUAUUAUCAUAAUGUUGUUGUUUUGUGUGUGGUUUAGGGGCCAAAUUGUUUUAGUGAUGCUUGUGUGCUCGAUUUUUUGGUUGAAUUUGUGGCGUAUUCGAGUCAUAGAUAGAGAAU